CAAAGCAUACUAGUCAAGACACAGUAGUUGACGGCAAGGGGCUCUAGUACGGAUCGAUCGAUCCUCGAUCGAUCAGCAUUCGAGGAUGACGAGGAAGCAGACCCUGGUGGUCAAGUUGAAAAGAACCUCCAGGUACGAACCCUGGGGCAUCAGUAUCGCCGGCGGAGCCGAUCUAGGCACUCCGAUCAUCGUCACCCGAUCCGAGAACGAGAAUCUGCAGAAGGGUGACGUGAUCAAGAAAAUUGACGAGUACGACGUGCGAGACGUGAGGCACGUGGACGCCCAAAACCUCCUCCAAAACUCUGAGUCUGUAAGACUUAUCGUCGAAAGGCAGAAGCUCCAGAAAUCGGGUUAUCCAAAAGAGCUGCCGAAAAGUCCGAUUCCGCCAACUCCACCGAUCGAGGAGUACGUCUCGCAUUCUCCGCACACCCUCGAGUUACCUCAUCAACACCUUGACGAAGUUCGGGAGGAAAGGCACUACCUAUCGCAGCCAUAUCGAACGACUCCUCUGGUUUUGCCUGGAGCAAAAGUCAAGAAGGACGCACCGAUCGGCGAGUGCUACCUUCGCCACCACCCAAACCCGAUGAUUCGGGCAGCUCCUCAUCAUUACGAGGUGGCACAUCCGGAGGUUGCCAUGAAGCAAAAAGUGGCGGAAUCGGUACUUCAGCGCGUCUUGGGACCGAACGAAGUUCCAAAGGUCGUCCACAAGCAAUUCAAUUCUCCGAUCGGCCUCUACUCCGAGCAAAAUAUCGCGGACACGAUUAAAUGUCAAACCUCGGCCGUCCCCUCCAAGAAGCCGGUGAAGUACGACCCAAGCAAGAGCGAGGCCUAUAAGGCUUUACAAGAAGAGGCCCUGGGGGAUUACGUUCAAGAGGUGAAGCAGCCAGCUCGCACAGGGGUCUUCUCGCCACACAAGGCGAACCAUAACAGGGGUCCACCGUCCGCUGCCAGGAAUCCUGGAGCAGCAUACGGUGGAAAUUAUAGGCGCCCCUUCCCUCUCCCUUUCGUUAAGGAUCGCGUCAACGGAUAUUAAAGUUUGCUCGCCAAUUAUAAACGUCCUCGACGACGAUGGCGAGAAAAUCCACCAGAGCAACAGCUUCAAGAGGAUUAUGUACAGUGUGCUUGGCCAAACCGAUUACUAAUACACCUUACCAAUUUGAACUGAACUUAACGUAAGCUUACUUAUGGAUAUUAUUUAAUUAUACGCAAGCAGGGGGACUGCGCAAAGUGAUUUUUGGGCGCGCUGAAAUUUGUGAAACUGCGAGAACCUGUAGUCUAAUUCGGGAUGCUUCUAACGAUAUAACGAAAAACGAGAUUUCAUCGAACGCUGGGUUUCACUUUUAAGACCUACAGUGCCACGACAUUUUCGAAAUAUACUGUUAAUUAUGUUUAA